CUCUCUUCGUCGUAUCCUCAAGAAAAAUGCCUAGGGCCCCACGGAAUCACAGCAAGACUUAUAAGGUCCCUCGUCGACCUUUCGAAUCCGCUCGUCUCGAUGCCGAGUUGAAGCUCGCCGGCGAGUAUGGCCUGCGCAACAAGCGCGAGAUUUGGCGCAUUGCCCUCAUCCUGUCUAAAAUCCGUCGUGCUGCCCGUGAGCUCCUCAAGCUCGACGACAAGGACCCCAAGCGUCUUUUCGAGGGUAACGCCCUUAUUCGCCGUCUCGUCCGCAUCGGUGUACUCGAUGAGUCCCGCAUGCGUCUCGAUUACGUGCUGGCUUUGAAGAUUGAGGAUUUCUUGGAACGUCGUCUCCAGACUCAGGUCUUCAAGAGUGGUCUCGCUAAGAGCAUCCACCAUGCCCGUGUCCUUAUCAGGCAACGACACAUCCGUGUUGGCAAGCAGAUUGUCAACGUUCCUUCAUUCGUCGUCCGUCUUGACUCACAAAAACACAUCGACUUCGCUCUCACCUCGCCGUACGGUGGAGGCCGUCCCGGCCGUGUCAAGCGCAAGCGUGCUUUGGCUGCUGCCAAGAAGGAGGAGGGUGGAGACGAGGAGGAGGAAGAUUAAAUAUCGAUCUUUGGCAUUCAUCUCCCUGUUAUGUCGACUCCUCUCAUUCGUAUGUGUAUGACUGCAUGUGUAAAUCCAUGUGCUUUUUCUCAUGCCAGC